AUGGUGCUCAUCAAGUUUCCUCUCUUCCCCGAAACGGAACGAAAGAUGUUUUUUUCCCAAAUUUUCGACCUAAUGCGCCCUGCAGUGGCGCGCUCGGCAACUCGCCCCGCGCUCGAUCAGUCACGUGAUCGAGUGUUGUUCAACACGCUCAUUUUUGCCCCAAUUUCUCGCCGCACCUCCCUCCUGACCUCCAAGGUUGGUGAGAAACAGACUGAUUACAUGGAACUAAAAAAAUAUCACCCUAGCUGACGGUACAAUAUAAUCGAUCAAGCCGCGAUGGCUGAGGCCUUCUCCGAAGCCAUCUUCUUCUCCCACUCGACCGCACCGUUGUAGCCGACGUCGUAGGCGUGGAAUUCAGCGGGGUUACUUGGAAAACGACGAAUCGGAUAGUUCUAGGAGCGCCCCUUCAGCUCGAGUUGGAUCUUCCCACUGGCCUCAGUGCUUACAAAGCUUCAACCGACCGGCGGUUCGCAACGAAGGCACCCCUUGCCCUGCGAACCGAACUGCGCCUUUCCAAGACCCCGUCCUCAACGAGCGCAACUACAAGCUGCAUUCGACCGCAUUCGCGGCAGAGAUGUACGGUAGAGCUGGCUUCGCACAAGAGUUUGUCCAAGUCCUUCCACGGCUGUACGAGAAGACCAAGCUCAAGGUCGAGCAACCCGGCCAAUUGAGUGGCGCCCCGACGCGCGCGAGCAGCCCUCAUCCAGGGCCUGCCACAACGUCUACAGCGGCAAGACCGAGUACAGCGUUUCCCGAGACGCUGGGCCUCAAGUCUACCGGAUGGCACGACAUGGACGCGCCUCGUGGAGACGGGUACGACAUGCUCGACUUUAAGAGCCUGUGGCCUUACCUGCUUGGGAACGGGGUCUUGACGUCUUCGAAAGACCUGUUGAUGGUGGAUCCGCUCAAAGGGACGGCGAUGGGUCAGGGUUUGAUGGUGCAAUCUUCGACAUCGCACGGACAUGGCACGAUGAACUUUGAUUAUUUUGAACUUAUGAUACACGAGAAAGUUCAACUAGUGUGGCCGCAUGAGUUUUCGUGGCGCAGUCGAAGUUUGACCCCUAUCAGAAUAUCACGGAUUAA